UUUAUGGUAUCAAAGCUAGAAAACUCUUGAGUUUUCCACUACAGAUCUAGUUUUCUUCCUCUGCGAAUCCAUUCUAUUUUAAUGGCUUCUGCUUCGAACACAACCGGUGUUAUUCAUUCUUCUGGAAAGAUGCUAGUCUCUCUUAAUGCUGCAUCACAGUUUCCAUUGAAGCUUACGAGAGAAAAUUAUCCUGCUUGGCGCGCUCAGAUCGUGCCGGUGUUGCGUGGGCAUAAUCUAAUGGGUUAUGUUGAUGGAAGCUUUCCCUGUCCGUCUCAAGGUGUUCAAAAGGAAGGGAAAGAGAGACUUCAGCGGAGGCAUGGAAUAACAUCAAAUCAUCGUGUGCUAAUAGGAAUGCCACGAGAAUACUGUCGCUUCGUGAGAAGCUUGCUAAUCUGAAACGUGAGAAUCGAUCUGUAUCUGACUAUUUACAGACGGUUAAGGCAAUUUCAGAAGAUUUGGCUAUUUCUGGGAGUCUGAUUUCUGAGAUUGAUCUUGUUAUUCAUGUGUUGAAUGGUGUGGGGUCUGAUUUCAGGGAUAUUGCUGCUGCGGUUCGAGCUAGAGACACAGUAAUUUCGUUUGAAGCACUUCAGGAAAAGCUUCUGUCUCAUGAGUUAUAUUUGAAACGGAUUAAUUCUAUUGAUGAUCCUGCACCAGUUGUUGCUCAUAAUGUGCGAAAGAAUUCUAAUAAUCGC